AUGGAUCUGUUUAAGUGUAAAUAUGUUCCUCAUGAAAAUGAAGAAGUUAUUGGAUUUUGUUUGAAUGGGGAUUGUUAAAAUACAACUCAAUAUUGUUUUGAAUGUUUAAAUACUAAAGAUUCACCACAUUCAGAACAUUUCAAUGAUUGUAUUAGAUUCACAAAAAUGAUCUAAUUUAUGAAAGAAUUGAUACAAGUGAACAAUCAAUUAAGGAUAUAAUUCAAAGAUGUCUAUAUACAAUUAUAGAACAAUGUUGCAAAAAUUUAAAAACAUUUGGAUCAAGAAAUUAGUACAUUAGAAAAUAUGACUCAACAGCUUUAAAACAAAGAGUAUUUGGCUUGUAAAUCAUAAAUACAUAUAAUAAAACAGUUUUAUUCCAAGGAAAAAGAAAACUGCAAAUGUAUCUUUGUUUAUUCAUAUAUAAUAUUAAUAGAAUAACAAAUAAUACAAUUCAAUAAUAUUCUUGAUACAUUAAAGAAGAUGUUAGCAGACUAAACUAAAAUGGAAGAAUAAAUAGAUUCUGGUUGUCAAAAGGAUACUAUAGUUAAUUAAUAGAGUGAAGAUCAAAAAAACUAGUUGAAUUUUGAAGAUGCUCAAAGAUUAUUAAAUCAAGGUAUAUUAAUUUGAUUUAUAAUAGGUGUGGAAUUAAAUAAUCUAAAUAAGUAUGAGGAAGCAAUUGAGUGUUACGAUAAAGCUAUUCCCAUAAAUCCUAAAGAUGAUUUGGCAUGGUACAAUAAGGGUAAGUAAUGUGACACAUUAUUAUUGUUUAGGCAUUUCAUUAGAUGAUCUAUAAAAAUAUUAGGAAGCAAUUGAGUGUUACGAUAAAGCUAUUUCCAUAAAUCCUAAAUUGGAUUUAGCAUGGAACAAUAAGGGUAAGUAAUGUGACACAUUAUUAUUGUUUAGGCAUUUCAUUAGAUGAUCUAUAAAAAUAUUAGGAAGCAAUUGAGUGUUACGAUAAAGCUAUUUCCAUAAAUCCUAAAUUGGAUUUAGCAUGGAACAAUAAGGGUAAGUAAUGUGACACAUUAUUAUUGUUUAGGCAUUUCAUUAGAUGAUCUAUAAAAAUAUUAGGAAGCAAUUGAGUGUUACGAUAAAGCUAUUUCCAUAAAUCCUAAAUUGGAUUUAGCAUGGAACAAUAAGGGUAAGUAAUGUGACACAUUAUUAUUGUUUAGGCAUUUCAUUAGAUGAUCUAUAAAAAUAUUAGGAAGCAAUUGAGUGUUACGAUAAAGCUAUUUCCAUAAAUCCUAAAUUGGAUUUAGCAUGGAACAAUAAGGGUAAGUAAUGUGACACAUUAUUAUUGUUUAGGCAUUUCAUUAGAUGAUCUAUAAAAAUAUUAGGAAGCAAUUGAGUGUUACGAUAAAGCUAUUUCCAUAAAUCCUAAAUUGGAUUUAGCAUGGAACAAUAAGGGUAAGUAAUGUGACACAUUAUUAUUGUUUAGGCAUUUCAUUAGAUGAUCUAUAAAAAUAUUAGGAAGCAAUUGAGUGUUACGAUAAAGCUAUUUCCAUAAAUCCUAAAUUGGAUUUAGCAUGGAACAAUAAGGGUAAGUAAUGUGACACAUUAUUUUUUUUUAGGCUCUGCAUUAGAUGAUCUAUAAAAAUAUUAGGAAGCAAUUGAGUGUUACGAUAAAGCUAUUUCCAUAAAUCCUAAAUUGGAUUUAGCAUGGAGUAAUAAAGGUAAACCAUUUUAUAAUUUAGGCUUGGCAUUACAUAAAUUAAAGAAAUAUAAGGAUGCGAUUCAAUGCUAUAAUUAAGCUCUUUCUAUUUGCAUUAAUCCUGUAAGACUAUAAAGAAAAGGUAAACCUUUUUAAAUUAAAUAUUUAUAUAGCUGAUUCAUUAUUUGAAUUGCAGUAGAAAGAAGAAGCUAAACAAUUUUAUUUGGAUGCUCUACGCCAAGGAUCAAAUAAUAAGGAUUACAUAAAUGGAUAACUCGCCAAAUUAUGA